AUGGCCUAUUGCCGAGCAUGCAAGGUGGAAUUGCGGCCCCACGUUCAAGACCUAAAGCUGCACUCCACUAGGGUCAAGCAUGCAAACAACAUGAAGCGUUCCGCUGGUCCAGCAGCAGGGCCUCUGGCAUCGUUUGUGGACAGAAGACCCAGGGAGCCAUGUUCCUGUUCUUCUGACGACCUCAAAGUAGCAGAGCUGCGCUUGGCUGCUCAUUUGGCUGUUCACGGAAGCUUCCUGACGGCGGACCACUUGACGCCCUGGAUCAGUGGGUGCUUCAGCGAUUCGGUGUUGGCGUCGGCCGUCACCUUGGGGAGAACGAAGUGCGCUGCACUAGUGACAAAGGUACUGGGGCCAACAUUUAGAGAAGAGCUCUUGAAGGACAUGACUGCUGCACAAUAUUCAUUGAUUGUGGAUGAGAGCACGGACGUCUCGUGCACGAAGGAGCUAGCCGUCGUGGCGCGCUUUUUUUCUCGCAGCAAAAGGGAUUUUCUUACAGCCUUUCUCGGCUUGGUGCCAGUGACCGAUGCAUCCGCGGAAGGGCUAUUUUCUGAGUUGAAGGCGCUGUUAGAUGCUUGCAAACUGAACAUCAAUAGUUGUGCCCCGGACCCUGUGAGACUCAAUGAAGAAUUGAUUUCUUUUGUUAAAGCUUUAAUGACAAGAGUUGUUAUGCCUGGCUAUGCAGAACCUGACAAUGCGGAGUGGGAGCAGCACAUAUUGCAUGUGAGGGCAUGCAGCUUGGGCGUUAUUUUUCUCGACAGUUUUGAGAAGUCUUCACUCAGCGAAGGUGAAAAAGUUUGUUUGUUGGAAAGGUGCCGCAAGUUUGUGAUAGCAUCUAUACGGAGUGUGCUCAAGCGGCUUCCCGCGAACAUGAAGCUUCUCAGUGACCUCAAGCUUCUCGAGCCAAAGAGCAUUAAGAAAUACUCUUUCGAUUUCGUGCAUCGUUCAUUCAAUGCUUUUGUAGAGCCAAGUUGUAUUUCAACAAUGGAAUCUGAGUAUCACCUACUCCAAACCAGAGUCGACGAUCUGGCAGAGGGUACCCACUCCAUAACCGAAUUCUGGGUAACCGUACACAAUGCAAAAAAUGUUGCCGGGAACUCGAUGUUUCCACUGAUGUCAAAGCUGGCGCUCUCUUUGCUGUCACUACCAGUGUCAAACGCUGCUGUUGAACGAGUGUUCAGCCAGGUCUCGCUUACUAAAACUGACAUUCGAAACAGGAUGUCUAACGAGACCUUAGAAGCGCUGCUCCAUGUAAAAUUUGGUCUGGGGAGGAACGCUGGCUGCUGCAAAGAUUUCAAACCGGGAAGAGAAUUUUUGUCGCGUUUUAACUCCACCGUUUUGUAUGGGCCGAGCAGUGCCUCGGCAUCCAAAUCAAGUGUUUAAGUUAUCAUGUUUAAGUUAUUUCGCUUCUCCACUUUCAUCUCUUUUGUUGUAUUUUCUAUUUCAUGAGUUUUUGUAUAUAUCUACUUUUUUGUAAACCCUACCUAUUUCUACUUUUUGUAAAUAUGCUUCUAUAUUUCUUUGUGAUUCCAUUCAUUUGUUUGUUAUUAAGUGACAAUAAACUUUUGUCUAGAUUCUGCA